AUGGGGCCGGGACAGGGGACGGCGGGGCCGACUGGUGCAGUGGCGGGGCCGUCAGGGUGCAGCGGUGGGGCCGUGACAGGGGACGGCGGGGUCGUCAGGGUGCAGCGGCGGGGCCGGCAGGGUGCAGCGGCGGGGCCGGGACAGGGGACGGCGGGGCCGUCAGGGUGCAGCGGCGGGGCCGACUGGUGCAGUGGCGGGGCCGUCAGGGUGCAGCGGCGGGGCCGUGACAGGGGACGACGGGGCCGUGACAGGGGACGGCGGGGCCGUCAGGGUGCAGCGGCGGGGCCGACAGAGGUGCAGCGGCGGGGCCGGCAGGGUGCAGCGGCGGGGCCGGGACAGGGGACGGCGGGGCCGUCAGGGUGCAGCGGUGGGGCCGACAGGUGCAGUGGCGGGGCCGGGCGCCUGUCUCUAGGGGCGCCUAUCUCUAUGGGCGCCUAUCUCUAUGGGCGCCUAUCUCUAGGGGCGCCUAUCUCUAUGGGCGCCUAUCUCUAUGGGUGCCUCGCGCCUAUCUCUAGAGGCGCCUAUCUCUAUGGACACCCAUCUCUAGGGACGCCGAUCUCUGAGGGCGCCUAUCUCUAG